GUCGUAUUAUAUCUCACCCACGUAAUACAUGCUCAAGACACUAUUCAUGCUAGUGCUGAACCUUUCCGUUCACUGCCGACGAAACAAAACAAAAAUUAUAAAGUACAUGCACACGUGGUUCUUAUCAUCAAGAUCAUUUAUGAUCUUAGGAAGCUACCAAACUGCGGCCUUGCAUGUUUUCUCAAACACCACGUUAAAUUCAGCAACAAUUCCAAAGGCAUUGAUAAUACGUCAACGCAAGUAGGCUUGCGAUACAACCAGGGUGCCGAUCAACGCAAGUAUUUCACAUUUAAAAAUUAAACGGGUUCAACUUGAAAGCAUAAUUUUUU